GCAGUCUGCCACCCGCACACUCCAGCUCAUGGGCGCCACACCCGAGACGUGGGUGGGUCACCUCUCCACGCGCCUGCGUGGCGGUCCUUUCGAGGCCUGGGAGGAUUUCUAUGCCUACUCCCUUCGUGAGGGUCGGACUCCGACCUUCGUGGAUUUCCAGGCGUUCCUCGAGGAUCGCUUCGGAGCUCGAUAUGACGUGACUGACGCCUUCGAGCGUGUCGUCACUACACGCUGGUCCGACUCUGGUGGCGCUGCCGGCCUGGAUUGCCACAUCCAGGUCUUUCAGCACGCCCUCCUCGUUUGCGACGUGGCGUUCCUCCCCGAGGCUGCCCUUAUCGAUCGUUCUUUGGCCAGCCUUCUGCUCGAGUACCGCCGAGAGCUAUGGCGGUACGAGUUCACAUCGGCCCCACAGGCUUACGAGGCCGCCAAGGACCACCAGCGGAUGCGAGCCCGUCUUCACCCCGCCUCCUCCUCCUCUCACGACACUUCCCAGCGCCGUUCCCCUUUUCGCGGUCGCCCCCGCCGUUCCACACAGCAGGGCCGCCACUUCUCGCGCCGCUUCAGCGCGCUGGAGUACGCCACGGUGCAGUGUACACAUGCGCCCUCCUCAGUAGUGGGUUUCCCGACAUCUCCGUCGCGGUUUGUCCCUCUCGCUACUGGAGUUGAGGUAUCGCAGGACUCGACAAAGUGUGCUCAGCCCUCUGUCGCAGUACCGUUUGCGCCUCCGCAGAACACCGUCUCCCCUCCUUCCUCGCCGCGACUACCGACGCGUCGAGCCAUUCGCUCAGCCCGUUGCAGCGAGCAGCUUGCUACUCGCGAGGACGUUGUAUCCUCUCUUCUGGACUUGAGCAUGCUCCAGGGCCGUCAGGAGCGACUCACCCUCCAUGUCGCUGCACUGCGUCGCCUUCUUGCCAUCCUCUCUGACCCUGAUCGCACCCUGUCGAUCAUCCCCGUACGACUCGGGACCUCCACGAGGGUGUACUCAGCACUGUGGGAUUCCGGUUCUCAGGGCGACUUCAUUCACCCACGCGUGGUGAAGGAAGCCCGCUUACCCACGACAGAAUCUCCGGCUCCCAUCUCCGUUACCAUAGGGGAUGACAAGACCCAACGCUUCUUCGAUCAGACGGUCACCGACCUCCCCUUCUUCCUCACUCUCGAGCCGACUGAUCGUUCCCCGGCGUCUCGUCGUCACCGCUCCUCUGCACAUUUCGAUGUGAUGGAAACGGGGUACGACUUCAUUCUCGGCAUUCCGUGGUCUCGUCGGUUCUCUAGCACCGAGGCCGAUUGGGCGACCAACACUCUCGUUCUCAAAACAAAGUGUGGAAAGUCGUAUCGCGUACCUUUCAUAGGUACCACGGCGACACCACGCCCCGAUCCUCCUCCCCCGGAGUCUUCAGUGCCCACACCAUCUCCCUCUAUCACUGUCACCUCGCCUCGGCAGUUCGCUCACUUCAUUCGACAGGACGACGUCACCUUCUGUAUGGUGGACGUGACGGAUCUCUUACACUAUGAUCCACCCUGUCCCGACGCCGAGCUCAUCCCUCUAGAGCCAGAUCCUCCCUCUAUCUCCAUGGCUCCCAUCUCUACUUCCGUCCCUCCGCCGUCCGUCGAGUCCAGCCCGCCGUCGGGCGCUGACGCUGACGCUGAGGAACUCGCACGAUAUACGGCUGACCUGGAGCCCGCAAUUCGUGACCUCAUCCGAGAGUACCACGACGUUUUCCCAUCGUCGUUCUCGUACGCCGGCCUCCCACCGAUGCGUGACGUCGAGCACUCCAUUCAGCUUGUGCCUGACUAUCGUGUUCACCACCAGACACCCUACAGACUCUCGAUUCCUGAGGCCACCGAACUCAAGCGUCAGCUUGAGGAGCUCCUGAGAUUGGGUUUCAUUAAACCCAGCAACUCCCCGUGGGGUGCACCCGUCCUCUUUGCUCGCAAAGCGGAUGGAACUCUCCGUCUCUGCAUCGACUAUCGCGAUCUCAACCGCUACACGGUUAAGAACAGCUACCCCAUGCCUCGUUUCGAUGAGCUGUUCGACCGCCUAGCAGGCAACCGCUUCUUUACGAAGAUUGAUCUUCGUAGCGGUUACCAUCAGAUCCACGUCGCUGCAGCCGACCAGCCGCAGACAGCGUUCCGAUCGAGCUUCGGCCACUACGAGUUUACGGUGAUGCCAUUCGGCCUCACCAAUGCACCCGCCACCUUCCAGAGGGCGAUGAACGACAUCUUCAGGGACAUCCUGGAGCAGUAUAUUCUCGUCUACCUCGACGAUAUCUUGACAUGGCUUCUACGCAAGCUGAGCAAGUGCCGCUUUGCCCAGCACAAAGUGAAUUUCUUAGGACACUACGUGUCUGACCAGGGUCUCCAUAUGGACGACGCGAAGAUCACUGCUAUUGCGGAGUGGCCCGCCCCCACAUCCGCCAAGCAGCUUCGCAGCUUCCUAGGCAUGACCAACUACUAUAGUAACUUCAUCCGGGGAUACGCUAGGUAUUCCUACGUCCUUACCUCUCCGGAAGAACCCACCCUGGGCUUGGACACCCCUCUCCUCGAAGACGCCUUCCGCGCCCUCAAGAAGGCGGUGACAUGCGCACCGGUUCUUCACCUACCCGAUUUUGAUCGCCCUUUUAUCCUUACCACCGAUGCGUCAGACUUUGCUGUAGGAACAGUGCUUUCUCAGGUCUUCCCCUCCUCUCCUGAUUCCUCUCAUCCUCGUAUCCCUCACUUCCCACCACCUACCCCUACCACUGCUUCCCGACUGACGCCUACUCGUCCAGUUACUGACGAGCCUUCUAUUGACUAUUCUCCUACUAUCGCCGAGGACGGCACUGUCGAGACUCGUGCAGGUGAUUGUCCGAUAGCCUUCUACUCCCGUCAGCUCCUGCCCGCCGAGAUAAACUACACUGCUGAUGAACGUGAGCCGAAGCUCACUCCUCGACAGGCUCGCUGGUGGCGCGACCUAUCCGAGUUUAGUUUCACCACUGAGCACAUCAAGGGUGAGACUAAUCGGGUCGCAGAUGCCCUCACCCGACGCCCUGACCACGAUCAGGAGCACAUCCAGCUCUCUUCCAUCUCGGUCACCACCGUCCACCACUCGGUGACCGACAAGUUUCGCACUCAGUACCGCCACUGCCCCGACUAUCGCGACAUCUACGCGACCCUUUGGAGUGGCAAGACCGUCCCGAACUACUCUCUCGGGGACAACGGUCUUGUGUACUGGCACGGUUCACAAGGCACCAGAGAGCCCCGUAUUUGCGUUCCCUCCACUGGACAGCUACGUGUCCGAGCAGUAGCAGAGUUCCAUGACCAGGCAGCUGCCGGUCAUAUGGGCUUCCACAAGACAUUGGCUCGUGUGAGCCGCCUGUACGUCUGGCCGAAGUGCAAGGACUUUGUUAAGGACUACGUUGCAGAGUGUCCCACCUGUCAAGAGGUGAACAGUGCGAACCACCUGCCUUAUGGUUUGCUCCAGCCUCUUCCUAUCCCUGAGGGUCGUUGGCAGUCCAUCUCGAUGGACUUUAUCGGUCCUCUUCGUCCUCCGACCCCUCGCGGUCAUAAUGGUAUCCUAGUCGUCGUCGAUCACUUCACGGAGCGUGCACGCUUUGUUCCGAGCCGCUAUGCCAUCAGUGCACGUGAGAUCGCCGACAUCGUGUUUGUCCGAGUCGUGCGUGACCACGACUUACCUCUGAGCAUCAUAUCUGACCGUGACUCGCGCUUUACCAGCCGAUUCUGGCAACGAUUCCACGAGGUGUACGGCACUCAGCUCCGCUUCUCCUCGUCAUACCAUCCUCAGACUGAUGGUCAGACCGAGAUCACGAACACGACUCUCGGAGAUAUUCUCCGAAAGAUUGUUCGUGACGACCAACAAUGGGAUCUCCAUCUUGCCCACGCGGAGAUAACCUACAACCACGCCGUCUCGCCAGCCACGGGGAUGUCGCCUUACUAUUGCGACCUCGGCUAUCACCCUCGUGUUCCCGCGGACUUCCUUCGACCAUCCCAGCUGCACCCCGACACGAGUUGUCCCGCGCUGGACGAUUGGGUGGCACACAUGACGUCGAUCAUGAAGACCGCACACGAGCACAUAGCCGCGUCUCAGACUCGCAUGGCAGCACGUGCGAACCGAUCGAGGAUGGAUCAUCCAUUCAAAAUCGGUGAUGAUGUGCUUAUCGACGCCCGCCACUUACAGCUCGAAGCGGACACGCUUCGCAAGUUUCGGCGUCGCUUCUUUGGCCCAUGCCGCAUCCUCCAGGCCGUCGGUUCUGAUACGGCAUCUAGCCCGGUCAGCUUUCGUGUGAAGCUGCUCGACUACCCACGCCAGGCUCGUGUGCAUGAUGUCUACCACGCUUCGUUACUGCGUCCUUACCGCAGACCGUCUGAGCGUUUCGCUGGACGACCAUACGAGCGCCCUCCACCCAUCAUGGUGGACGACCACGAGGAUUUCCUCGUUUCAGACAUCAUUGGUCGCCGAGUCACCGAYGACAACCCUCCCCACGUCGAGUAUCUCGUACGUUGGAAGGGUUAUCCUGAUGAGGAGGCYACCUGGGAGCCCCUCGAGCACUUGCAGCACGCUCGCAUGUUGRUGCGUGCCUAUGACCGUGCUCGUCGUGCUGGGUUCACUGCUCCUCCUMAGCCCACUGACCCUCCUCCUUCUCCUCCGGCUGAGGAGACCGCUGAAGUUGAGCCUGCUCCAUCUGAGGCAGACCUUCAGCAGCAGCCGGAUGCUUCUGAGCGUCCACAGCGCACUCGUCGUCGUCCUGCUCGAUACGACGAUUCACUCUGACUUACCUUCCCACGUCUUUGACUUCUCAGUACUCCAUCCACAUCAGUUUUGCUACUUUAGCUC